UACAAGAUGUUCAGUGGGAGGAUCCUCCACCAGAGGGUAAUUGUGAGGCAAGAGGAGCUGAGAGGGAACCAGCUAAACUACAGGUAACCCUAACCCAGGUCCAAAUGAGGACUUAACAAGCUCAAACAAGAGAUGGCCAAGCUGAGUGAGAUUACGUCCUUUUACAUAACUGUCAUAAAUGACAUAUAAGCUUGUAAAGAGUGAACAGGAAUGUUUUUACUGUUCCUUUUAUAUUGUUUUUAGGAGGACAUUUAGCUAAAGUGGCUGCAGUACUUCCUCUGAACUGCACGGCGCUAAAGAGUCACACUUUUUAUGAUGAUUUUAAUGGAUUUCACACACGUGGCUUUAAAGUCUCUGGUGUGACCCGACUGGGAUUUGACCAGAGCCGGAUUAACGCAAAGGCAAAGUAGGCACGUGCCUAGGGCCUGAUUGGCUGGAUGGGGCCCAGACAGAGGGACAAAAUAAAAAAUUAAUUAAUUUAAAAUUAAAUGUACAAAUCUCCUAUGAUAUAAUUUGUGGAUAGGACUCCAUCUACAGUUUAUUUCAAUAUUUAUUAAUUAACUAAAAAUAGUGAUACUUAGGGCUGUAGCGAAGCCUCGACGAAGUCGACGGCUCGAUUCUAAAAAUUUGUCGACGUCAGAUCCGGAAGUCGACGCACCGCGCCCACUUGUUGCAUCCCCAGGAGUUUGUAAAUAGAGGAGGAAUCUGCCUGUUUUUCCUCUAGUUCGCCCUCUUCUCCGCCUUCACUAACAUCUCCGCCAAAUACCGAAGACCCGGAACAACGUCCGUCCUCUACUAGAUUAUUUUCCUGUUUUGCCCGCCUUCGUCUCCCGGCAACGGACAACAACUUCCGGGGUCAGAUGCGCUGCUUCGUGUCUAUCGCAGAUGUAGAAAAUCACCGGGAGCGCUUCUCCCUUCAUUAAGGAGCUUCUUUCAGACAUGAGGAGAGCUGUUUUGGUGGUAGCAGUCUCUCAUCCAUGCUGGUCUGUUUGCUGCUGGGUGUUUUUGGUUUAUUUAAACUUGGUAACUUGAACUUAAUGUUGGUAAAGCUACUGUUAGCAUCUUCGCUAACAGCUUCUUGCGUUUGGAUAAGCUGUUACGUUUUGGUUUAGAGUUCAUCUUUUUUGUGGUGUAGAUCUCCCUUUUAUUACAUUUAGAGUGUUGUGGGUUUUCGGUUUAGUGUAAAAUAUCACCUGAGUUUGGUUUAACCCGUAAGACCACUCGCCUCACGCACAUAAGUGACCAAAUCAAAGCAGCAUGGAGACACUCCAUCUUCUACCACCUCUCAGGCAGCAGCCUGCACUCCCAAGUUCUACAUGUCACCAGAACAUAACCAACCAACACAAUAAACGCAGUGUUAUACAAAAUGGAAGGCCUGUAGUGUUUGUUCUCUUACAGUAAGAAUUUAUCAAUUUUUUUGAGGAAUUUAAUUGAGAUUUUCUGGUUUUUGUUAAUUGUGCAAUAGAAAAAUAAUUAUUAGAUUAAUUUUCUAAAUAGUCAUUAGAAUUGUCGACUAUUCGAUAAAAUAAUCGUCAGAAUAAUCGUUUUAAAAAUAAUCGUUUACCCCCAGCCAUAGUGAUACUGUUUAUCUUAACCAUAGACCGUUACAUUAGCUACGUCACAUUAACGCCAGCCCAUGACUGUAUUCUACAACUUGGGCGCCACCCAAUUAAGGACGUCAGAGAAGCGGUCAGUCAGAGCGGGACACAACAAAGCUAGCAGGUGUUUUUGAGUAGGCUAACUUUCACGAUGCUUUCGGGCGCGGCAAAACGUAAAAAGAAAAAAAAAUGAAGAGGAACAAAAGAAGAGACGGCGGGGGCCUUACAGAAGUUUCUGUCGGGCUGCUCGGGCAGCCGUCCGACAGCUGUGAACCUGCUCGAGUCAGCAGAGCCAGAGGCCAGACCCAGAGCAGACACAGCCCGAAGAUGCGGCGGGAAAUGCGGCGGAAGACGCUGUAGCACCAACGCCGUCACAGAAGGGUGAACUGGAAGAAGAGCAGCCAGCCAGAAGUGAGCCCAAUCUAGUCUUACAGCAGGAGCCUCUAGACCCAGAAAGGGUGUUAACAAGCUACAUCUGAUCCUGCAGUGGUACAUAACCAAACUGAUGACAGGAUGCGUGAGUACUUUGCACUAAACCAUCCCUCUCAAAAUAUUGCAUAUUUCUCUGCAUCACAGAGGAAAUGUGGAGACACGAACCGAAGCUUAACCAAGGAGCAUUUCUUUAGAUGUGUUUCUGCUGCGACUGAGGCCUGUGAUGCUGGAAGGCUGAAGAUUAUCCCGGAGUGGAGCGUGCUAAAUGGUUUCCUUGGUAACUGUUGCUGGUUUUAUUAAUUUUUAUUUUUAAAUAUUUUUAUUAAUGUUCAAAUAACAAAACUAACAAUAAGUUCACACUCAGAAAAUAGACACAGAAUUUCUGAUUCAGCAGAGGCAACAACAGCCUGAAUGAGCAUAAAGCAAGAUCAAAACUUAAGAUAACGUUUUCAUUUUAUUAAAAUACUUUCUUUUAAGAUUAUAGAUUGUAUAAAAUUUAUACUGUAAUCAUUUAAGCUGCGUGUUUAUAGUUUGUUUUUGCGCCUUUAAAACAUGCUUCAGUCCAUUCAAAUGAAUCUAUUUCUUCUUGAAUGUCUUUCCACCAUCAUGUGAUUAAUUUGUCAACAUUUAUAAAUGUUGUAAGCUAUUGUAUUUAGCAGAAAAUCUUUUUAAUUAAAUGUGUUUAUUAAAUGUAAACAGAGCAAAUAAGAUGAAUAUAAUUGCUCUGUUUACAGAGUAUAAUGACACCUAGUGGUUAUUUACUGGUACCGCCUUGACAUUGACACUCCCAAUGGAUAAGAUGAGGAUAAUUUAUUAGCAUUUAACACAGCUGUGUAAUGACGUAUAAUUAACCCUUUGAUGCAUAAUGGUCACUACAGUGGACAGGUACUCAAAAUUGUUAUUUCUUUAUUUUUGCUAUUAAGCACAGCUGUUGAAGACUUUAUUGCAUGUGAGCCCCUCCAUUUGAGCUUCAGCAAGUCGAGCCAACAUAUUUCAAUAUAUAUAUAAAAUGCAGCCUGCCUAGUGUAGUCCAUUUAUUUAAUCCAGCUCUCUGUGUGUGUGUGUGUGUGUGUGUGUGUGUGUGUGUGUGUGUGUGUGUGUGUGUGUGUGUGUGUGUGUGUGUGUGUGUGUGCGUGCGUGCGUGCGCACGCACGUGUGUUUAGUAAGUAGGAGCAGAGUCGGGUAGCAACAGAGAAGUGGACAUGAGUAACUUCAGAAGUGAAAGUGUAAGUCAGAGGAACUCACGCACCUGCAGACCUUCUACCUCCGACUAAAACAAACUCAGGCCGACUUUUUCUAUCUUUUCAUUAACAGUUAUUAGUGGACUCCUUCAAAAAGCAGCUGAAAACUGUUCAACCUGGCUUUUGCUCGACCUUCAAGUGACAUAUGUAGAUUUUAACUUUGACUUUGUAGAGAUAUGGGUCUCUGUGAGUUGAGAGGGUGCUCGCUACACAACCACAAAGGUGGAGCUGCACCAGAGUCAGCCCCGCCCAUCACGCAAACAGCAAAAAAAGAUUUUAACAGGUGUUGGUUUGACUCCUCCUCCACAGACGAUUAGUCAAAUCCUAAACAAGGAUGAUACCCAAGAGACAAAUGCACAAUCUGAGUGUUUUAUGUUGCACUCAGUUCAAGUUGAGCCAGUAAAAAAACAUGGCUAAGGUCAAAGUUUAUUGAAGAUAUCAACACGACUUUAGUGCACUACACUUUUUAAAAAACCUGAAAUGCCACCAAAAUUCACAAUGAACAGCAACACAUUUUACCAUAAGAUCUGUUUUAUUUUUGCUUCAAUAUUAUUGGUUGUGCCUUUAUGUUUAAUAAAAAUGUUGUCAUCUCAUUGCUCGUGAGCUAAAGUAUAUCUUAUCACAUGAUCAGAAACCUCAUUCAUGCUCCUGGGCUGACUCACUCUUGCAGAAACUUUUUUCUUCCAUCAUCAGCGUGGGAUUUAGAUUUCUAUCAGGAUCCUUCGAGCAGCCUCUCGUUAAGCCCCACUUGAAGUUGGUCUUUGUCGUUGUGUUUUUAAGUCUGUAAAAGAGGAAAACGGUCUCCCAAGUUUUUAUUUGAUAGAUGUAUUUUUUUUUUCUGAACAAGACCAAACAUUGGCAGGAAGGGAUUUUGAUCGUUUACAGAGGAAUGGACCUUCCCCUCUUCAUGACUAUGCUGCUUUAUGCAGUAACCCUCAAUGUUUUUGGUGCUUUUGGAAUCAGUGAGCUGAACAACGGACACAGAUGGACUUGCCAGAACCUGCCAGGUCUGCUAGUGACCGAAACAGCUGCUCUAAAUGAAAGUUUGUUCAGAGGGACGGAGAAGAACGGGGUAGAAGGAGAAACAAGGGUAUUUUGUGGCAUCGAGUGUCAAAGUGCUCUACCACCAACUAACCAGGUGGAGCAAAAGAGGAUUCUGGGAUAUGAGACGAUGUAUGAAAAUGGCUCACGUACGCACACAGACAUCAGUUUGCAGUGUUUGGACAAGACACCAGCAGGAACUCCUGCAAGCGCAACAGUUUCAGUCCGCAGGAAACGGCAAGUUUAUGGUGCAGAUGGGCGAUUUGUGAUCUCAGAUUCCAACUUCAUCACCAACUACCCGUUUUCUACCGCGGUCCGUCUCUCCACAGGUUGUUCUGGAGUUCUGGUUUCUCCAAAACAUGUGUUAACAGCAGCACAUUGUAUCCACGAUGGCAGGGACUAUUUAGAAAGUGCAAGACAUCUUAAAGUAGGCUUGUUGCAGCUGAAAACAAGAAGAAGGAGGAUGGGAAGGAAGAGAAGAUGGAGACAAAGAGAUGGUUUGAAACAAAACGACAAACAAGACAAGAGGGAAAAUGAGGAGGGAGGUGAGAAGAAUAAUCUAGGAGUGAAAGAAAGAAGAGGGGGUGAAAAGAGAAGAGACAGACUGAGGAGAGGAGGAAAACAAGAUGGAAAAAAGGAGUUUGAGAGAGGAGUGGGUGGAAAGAACAGUCUCAGUCGUAUUCGCCGCAGCAAUGGACCAGGAAAGCAGUCUGUCUUCCGUUGGUCUCGAGUUAAAAAAACCCAAAUUCCUCAAGGAUGGAUCCACACCAACAAUGUGACAGACGCUGUGUCCAUCGACUACAAUUACGCUCUCCUGGAGCUGAAACGACCAGUCAAGCAAAAGUUCAUGGAGCUCGGCGUGGCGCCCAAGUCACCUCUGGCACGGAUCCAUUUCUCAGGCUACGACACAGACAAAAGCCUUCCUGAUGGACAUGCAGAGAAGAAGGUUGUUUAUCGUUUCUGCUCAGUUGUGAAGGAGUCUGGUGAUUUGAUGUACCAGCACUGUGAUGCACGGCGUGGGGCGACGGGGGCAGGUGUUUAUAUCCGCCUCAGAAGGGAUAAGGAACACGAGAGCGGGAAAGGAAAGUGGAAGAGGAGGGUGAUUGGGGUGUUUACAGGUCAUCAGUGGGUGGAGGCCGAGGGGGGCGAGCAGAGGGACUUUAAUGUUGCGGUACGGAUCACAUCUUCUAAAUAUGCCCAGAUUUGCCACUGGAUUCACGGAGACCCAAGACUUUGUAAAGAGGUUUGAUCUCAAAAAGCAGCAAGACAAAGAUCUGUCCUUACCCUCAGAGAAAAACUAAAAAAAAAUCCGAAAUCAUGCAUUAAAAAAUUUGAAAGAAAAUAAAACAAACAGAAUUAAAAGUUUAUUUUAGGCGGAGAACUAAAAACUCCACAGUCCACCUGUUUUUACUUGUAUAACUCAAACGGUUAAACCCUUUCAAAUGUUUCUAUGGUUACUUUGACAAAGAUGUAAAUUCUAUAACAUUCUCUCAAAUUUACAAGACUCAGGCAACAAUGACGUAAAGCAACAUUUUAAGAUUUUUUUCAUGUGUCAUAAAACUUUUGUGCUGUAAUAAAAUCAAAUU